AAAUGACAAAAACGGUGAGAGAGAAAUCGUUGGGUUCUGCGAAGAGUGAAAGCGGAGAAAGACAGGCCAACUGGUUAACAAGUCAAGUCCCCCCGCGCUUUUUGUUAGGUGAAUAAUUGGAAAAGAAAGACUCUGCUUUUACUAUUCUAUCCAGCAAAAUCUUAUCUCUCUCUCCCAAUUCCCAAAUCCCCGUUAUAGCCAUUUCUGCACACUUGAUGGGAUUGGCCGUGAAGCUCCGUAUGAUGGCCGCCAUGCUCCUCUGUUUCACGGUGGUCACGGCCCAGAACCUCAAGACUUUCACCACUACAUACGGACCAUUCAAUCGCAGCCAAUCCAAUUCCUGUUUAUUCAAGCUGGAGACAGCCACCAUCUCCAAUGGGGCGCUCCAAUUGACCCCGAACUCGGCCUACCAGAGGGGCGUGGUGGGCAUGCCACUCGAAAAUCAGGCCGGAAGAGCGACGUUGCGUCAACCAUUCAAGUUGUGGGAGUGGGAACAAGGUUACAACAAAAAAAUGGACAGGGUCGCCUCGUUCAACUCCUCUUUCCUCUUCAGCGUCUGCCCGCUGGGUGGUAAUACCACCCCGGGGGAAGGGCUGGCCUUCAUACUAGCCCACGUAGAUUACUGGAGGGAGCCCAUUCCGUCAAAGAGUUUCGGCCAGUAUCUGGGCCUGACCAACGUCAACACCGAUGGCUCCGCUAGAAACAGCCUAGUAGCCAUCGAGUUUGACAACAUCAAACAGGCAUUCGAUCCGGAUGCUAACCACGUGGGGCUCAAUAUAAACAGCAUCAUAUCUAAUGUUACUGCCUCUUUGACCCCACUGGGAAUUGAACUCGCUCCAGAUGGCGAGGCCAGGUUUUACAAUGUCUGGGUCCAGUAUGACGGGGUCAGUAAGGUCAUUGAGGUGUACAUUGCACGACAAGCUGGGUUUGAUGGGGAGACGCCCUCCAGGCCUGAUACCCCGGUCUUAAAAUCAAAUCUCGAUUUGCGAGAGGUCUUUGGAUAUCAUAAGUACUUGUCCUUUGGUUUUUCAGCAUCGACAGGAAAUAAUGUGCAGCUCAACUGUAUCUAUAGAUGGAACUUGACGGUGGAGUCCUAUGAGCUGUACGAACAUCCUCCAAAGACUCCAAAACAUCCUUCUUGGCUUAAGACUCUCCUUGUAGUCGGGGUCGGCGUUCCACUGCUUGUGAUAGGGGUAGCAGUGAUGGGCUAUUAUUACCCAUGCAAGAAGCGAUUAAUGGUUCAGUUUAAGUCCAACAUAUUACUAGGGGCCUUGAAGAGAUUGCCAGGAACCCCGAGGGAAUUCCAUUUAAAGGAUUUGAAGAGGGCGACCAACAACUUUGACGAGAAGAACAAGUUGGGCCAGGGUGGUUUCGGUGCAGUGUACCGGGGCCACCUGCAUGAUGAAAAUCUGGAGGUGGCCGUCAAGAGGUUUUCUAGGGAAACUAUAAAGGGUGAGGAUGACUUCUUGGCAGAGCUCACCAUCAUCAAUCGUCUCCGUCACAAACAUCUUGUCCGGCUGCUUGGAUGGUGUCACAAAAAUGGGAAGCUUCUACUUGUAUAUGACUACAUGCCGAAUGGUAGUCUCGACGCACACCUAUUCACUAAAACACCAGACAGCAAGCCACUAAGCUGGGAUCAACGUUACAAUAUCAUCUCCGGGGUGGCCUUGGCGUUGAACUACCUCCACAAUGAGUACGACCAGAAGGUGGUCCAUCGGGACCUCAAGGCCAGUAACAUCAUGCUGGACUCUGACUUCAACGCCCGGCUCGGAGAUUUCGGCCUUGCUCGCGCCCUAGACAAGGAGAAGACCUCGUACUCAGAGGUCAAGGGAGUGGCUGGCACAGUUGGCUACAUCGCGCCUGAAUGCUUUUUGACAGGUAAGGCCACCCAACAGUCUGACGUCUACGCGUUCGGUACACUCUUGUUGGAAAUAGUUUGUGGUUUGCGACCUGGAACAUUGAUUGAUGAGUUUCACUGUUUGCUCGAUUGGGUCUGGUCCCUGCACCGAGAAGGCCGUAUAUUAGACGCCGUAGAAGAGCGGCUUGGGGAUGAGUAUGUUGUUGAGGAAGCUAAGAAAGUGCUCGUUUUGGCUUUGGCAUGUUCUCAUCCGAUAGCAAGCGAAAGGCCUAGAACUCAGGCUAUUGUUCAUAUCAUAUCAGGUUUAGUUCCGGUACCUUACGUGCCGCCAUUCAAACCGGCCUCUUUAUGGCCUUCGAUGCCUGCUCUGGGAGAAGAUGAUAUCAGCAGCCUUGCUAGCACGACGGAAGCAAAGUCGUUUCCAACGACCCAUUUGGGAUCAGGCUUCACUACGCAAUGCAUCAGUCGAGAGCUCUAUGCCGGGGACAAUUUUCAAUCUGUGUAGUUUGUGUACUAUAUUAUGGUUAUUAGCUUAUCUGUUAUGAAUAACAAAAUAAUUGAAUGUUGGUACAUCAAUUUAAAAAACUAAUCGAGAUCUUAAAUUUUGUACAAA